UGUAAUAUUACAAAUUUAUAAAUUAAAUAUUAAGUACAUGUCUCUCAAAUUGUAUUUUUUUUCACAGAAUCCUCUCAUAAGUUUGUCUAAUAGACAUUGCAUAUUGUAUAUGAAGAUAUAAACAUAAAUAAAGUACAUACAUUUUUAUUCUAAUACAAUAUAGAUAAUUUAUAUAAAUAACACUUAUAAAUUCUAUCUCUUCAUUUUAUAUAUAUCUCCCUUAUUCACAAUCAUUUUUACUAUCCUGAUAAUUUUCAUUUAUUCUACUUAAUUUUUUUAUCCAUUCUGCACACCGUUUAUAUAAAAAAAAAUAGAAUUUGUACUAUGAAAUUAAUUGAACAGAAGAAGUGAAGCACGCCGCGUAACGAGAAAACCAAUCGGCAUUUCGGAAAAGAGACCUCAACACGAAGUGUAUAACAUCUCUUUUUUUUAAGGGAGAGUAAUCGUAGCCACAUACAUAUGUCGGUUUCCAAAAUUUAACGAAACAAAAGCCAUACGUUACGUCUCACGGAUAGGAAAAUUUAUUUGACAACAUAUUAAUUAAACCGUUUUGAAUCGCCCGAUCCAGCGUUAUCGUAUCGUGGUAAAAUAUUUAGUUGACGUAACGAGAAUUCGUUAAAAAACGAUGAAUAAACCCAAACAAGAUAAGGAAAGCGACAUGGUGAGCGUGUAACAUUGGCUAAAAGAUUACAAGUUGUAGUAAAACGUCACAAAAAUGUCAUAUGUGAAUUGAUUUGAACGCCAAUCUGUAUUAAAAAUUAAAUAUUACGUAUCAAUAUUAUUUUAUUUCUUAUAUAGAAUGAAGAAGAUAAGAGAUUGCAGGAAGAAUUGCUACAAGCGGUCGAUGUAUUGCAGGAAAUUGGAUUGUGCUAUAUUAUUAUCAGGGUAAAGAUGAGACAGCUGUGGUGUUGUCGUUGAACCACCUGAGGAUGCUGAUACGUACAUCCACAACUUCGAUGACGUCUGUUCCAAAACCUCUCAAGUAUUUGAGAAAUUUUUAUCCGAGCUUGAGGAGCGCAUACAGAAAGCUCAAGCGGGAAGAGGCAAAGAUACGUUUUGCCGAAAUCCUGAGUAUACUCGCUCUUGCUGGAGCUACUCCAGGAUCCAGGGACUGUCUGGAUUUCUGCAUCAAAGGGGCCGUUGAUAAUCCCGGGGAAUGGGGCCAUGAAUAUGUGCGGCAACUUGAGGCAGAGAUUGUUGAUGAAUGGACGAACGCGCCGAUCAAGGAAGAGCAUAAGAUUAGAAAGCGUCUUACAUCGUUGAUCAAGAGUAUCAUCGCGUUCGACAUGAGGCACAACGCAGAAAUACAAGCGUGCGAUUUAUGCUUGGAAAUCGACGAGUUGAAUUUCCUCGCAGAAUAUCUGGAACCCACAAACUUUAUACGAGUGUGCCAUUAUUUAAUUAGCUGCGCAGGUUACAGCGAGGAUAUGGAGAGAAGACAAAUAUUAGAAUUUGCCACGGAGCAAUAUCUGAAGUUUAACGAGUGUACGAGGGCACUAUUCGUAGCGCUGCAACUUGCAAAUUCAGAACUUGUUUUCAAAUGCUUCACCGCUUGUCACGACCCUUUGACGAGGAAUCAAUUAGCCUUUAUCCUCGCCCGUUUGCAAGAUCAACCCCUGAGGACAGAGUAUCAUGGGAAUGACGUUAAGGAUAUCGAGGCGAUCCUCAGCAAUGGCCACGUGAACACCCAUUUCCAAAUUCUUGCUAGAGAGCUUGAUAUACUCGAGCCGAAGCUCCCGGAGGAUAUCUACAAGAGCUGGUUAGUGAACGGGUUUAAGCAAGUGGAGCACGAUUCGGCUAGGGCAAAUUUAGCAGCGAGCUUCGUUUCUGGUUUCGUGCACGCGGGUUUUGGCCAAGACAAGCUAAUGGCGAACACAUCCGAUUGUUGGGUGUACAAAAACAAGGAACAUGGAAUGUUAUCAGCUACCGCCUCUCUGGGCCUGAUACAUAUGUGGGAUGUUGAUGGCGGAUUAAUUCCUAUCGACAAAUAUCUUUACACGAACGAAGAUUACGUGAAAUCUGGCGCUCUACUAGCGAUCGGACUGGUGAAUUGCGGAAUUCGUAAUGAAUGUGAUCCAGCUUUGGCGCUUCUCAGCGAGUACGUAAAAUCGAACAGCCAGAUUCUUCGCAUUGGAGCCAUCAUGGGGUUGGGUUUGGCUUACGCUGGUUCCAGAAGGAAAGAUGUCACCGAGCUUCUUUCUGGAGCUUUAACCGAUGAGCAAAAUAAUAUACAAGUGUUGUCGCUGAUUGCCAUCUCCUUGGGCCUUAUAAAUGUAGGCUCGGGGGACUCCGAUGUAUCUUCGGCUAUUCUGAUGAAAUUACUGGGACUGUCUAUGAAGGAACUCGUUGUCACGCAUUCAAGAUUUUUAGCGUUAGCCUUAGGAAUGAUUUAUAUGGGAACCCGGGAUGCCGUAGAAACACUAUCCGUAGCGCUUGAAGCUCUGCCGGAACCGUACAGCUUUGCUUCGCAAACUAUGUUACAAAUUUGCGCAUAUGCGGGUACUGGCGACGUUUUGAUAGUGCAAGAAUUAUUAAGAAUCUGCUCGGAAGCUAUCGAAGAAGUGACGAGCGCGAAAACGACACCCGAGAGUACCUCGAUACCAAGUUGCUGCGAUCAAAGGAGACCACAGAGCAGCUCUACCAAGCUAGAAAAAAAUAUAAAAAACGACAAGCAAACCGAGGAAUCUGCCAAGGAUAUUGGAACACCGCAGGCUAUAGCAUCCCUCGGAGUAGGUGUAGUUGGACUUGGAGAAGGAAAGGAAAACUCGAGAAUCUUCGGUCAGAUCGGAAGAUAUGGUUCAACGCCAGCACGACGUGCCAUGCCCCUCGCGUUGGCCUUAUCUUCGCUGUCGAACGCCGAUCCAGCGGUCUUGGACGUGUUAAACAAGUACAGCCACGAUCACGACGCCGAUGUCGCUCUGAAUGCGAUCUUAGCCCUCGGCCUGGUAGGCGCUGGCACCAAUAAUGCACGAUUAGCGACGAUGUUGAGACAGUUGGCGGCUUACCACGCCAAGAAUCCAUCUCACCUGUUCCUCGUGCGCAUCUCUCAGGGUUUAGUACACCUGGGCAAGGGCACUUUAUCCCUAUCACCUUUGCGGUACGCUUCAAAAGUUUUAGACUACACUGCCUUAGCUGGUCUGAUGGUCGUCCUAGUUGCGUGUUUAGAUUGCAGGAAUCUUAUAUUAUCUCAGUCUCACUAUUUAAUGUAUUGCUUGGCGAUUGCGAUGGAGCCAAGGUGGCUAGUCACUGUAGAUGAAAAUCUUAAGAAUUUGCCGGUGUCAGUGAGAAUUGGUCAAAGCGUGGAUGUUGUAGGGAAAGCAGGUAAUCCGAAAUCCAUUGUUGGUGGUCAAGUUCAAACCACACCAGUGUUGCUCGGCGCGGGCGAAAAGGCGGAAUUAGUGUCGGACCAAUACGAGCCACUCUCCAGUGUGCUGGAGGGCUUCGUGAUCCUUCGUGAGAAACAGACUGCAGCGAGUUAGAAAGCUCUGCGUUUGAUGUUCUGCAGUAGUGCUUUUGAAUUGCCUUUCGCUUUAGAACGACGCCAGCCAACGAUACCGCGAGCAAACGGGAAUCGAGACUUUUUCCUGCAGAUCUACAUAAAACAGAUAAGGGAAUGGAAAGACUUGUAAGGUCUGUGUUGAGCAAUACAAACAGUUCGAUCAUUAAUGCAAUAGUGGCAGCAUGUCGUUAGUUUUUUCGCAUGUUUUGCAUUUAUUUAACUUUAGGGACUAGCGGAAGCAAUGUGCUCUAUACAACAGAAACAUACAUUGGUUCGCAUUGCACAGUGGGAGCAAUAACGUUACGCCAUGAUCAAAAGUGCCGGUUGUAUACAAAAUGAAAAUAGAACCCGACGUGAAACUUAUUUAUGAAAAUAAAACAAAAAGGAAUUACACAAAUGCGAUUUACGGGAGUAAAAUAUAUCUGUAAGAAAAAAAAAGAAAGAGAUGUUACAGCGGUAUCGACAUCAAACGACACCAAAGUAACGAAAUAAUCGGUUAGUGAUCAUGGAGCAUGUCGGAUUUUCUUUGUGACGAAGCUUAACCAAGGCAACACAAAGAUUCCAAAAACGCUAAAUCGUCGCAAAGGAUCGUCGCUUUGAAAGGAUCUGAGUGUGUUGCCUCAGUAGGAAUUAUAAGUCUCACACAAAGCGUAUGUAGGAGACACUUUGUAAGACUAAAACCUUAUAUACAAUGUACUCUUUGCAUCUAGAAACAUUUUGUAGCCAAUAAAUACGUUUAACAAAUUUGUGCAAGUUGAUAAAAUGUA